AUGUCGACGGUAAAAUCAAAAGAGUUGCCAGAAUCUGAAACAUCCGGCGACCUGAAAACGGAGCUCUCUUUGGGUUUGCCGGGCGAUGCGCUAGUUCAGAAGUCUGGUGUCAAGCGUGGAUUUUCCGACGUAGAUUUGACGCUGGCGAACGAUGCCAAAGUUGAAUCACAACCUCCUUCCAAGGCUCAGGUUGUGGGAUGGCCUCCAGUGAGAUCAUGCAGGAAGAACUUGAUAAAAAGUUGCAAAUACGUGAAAGUAGGCGUAGAUGGGGCUCCAUAUUUAAGGAAAAUUGAUCUGGAAAUAUACAGUAGCUACCAGGAUUUGUUGACUGCAAUGGGAGAUAUGUUUACGUGCUUAACCAUAUGUAAUGUGUUGAAUGAGAAGAAGCUCGUGGACUCUGCAAAUGGUGAAGAGUAUGUGCCAACUUAUGAGGACAAAGAUGGAGACUGGAUGCUAAUUGGAGAUGUCCCUUGGAAAAUGUUUGUUGAAUCAUGUAAGAGACUGAGAUUCUCUCUCUUAACACAUCGAGGUGUAUUUCUUGACCGAAUAUCAUGUCUGGGAGCGCAGAUUUGCAUCCGUAUGAAAUUCAAGAUUUUCAUAGGGUACGAUCCGCGGGAGGAUCUUGCUUAUGAGGUCUGCCGCUACUCUCUACUGAAGAUGUCCUCAAUCCCUGUGGAGAUAUUUCCCAUUAAGCAAUGUGAAAUGCGCGAAAAGGGUGUUUACUGGCGCGAAAGAGGGAAGUUAGAGAGCACUGAAUUCUCAUUCUCGCGGUUUUUGACUCCAUAUCUGGCAAAUUAUGAGGGAUGGGCCAUGUUUGUGGACUGUGAUUUCUUGUAUUUACAUGAUAUUAAAGAAUUAGUUGAUCUGAUUGAUGAAAAAUACGCAAUAAUGUGUGUUCAACACGAUUACACACCUAAAGAAACAACGAAAAUGGAUGGGGCAGUUCAAACUGUGUACCCGAGGAAGAAUUGGUCUUCAAUGGUGUUGUACAAUUGUGGGCACCCAAAGAAUCGAGUGCUAACCCCGGAAGUGGUGAACAAGGAGACUGGCGCAUUUCUUCAUAGGUUUCAGUGGUUAGAUGACGAUGAUAUUGGAGAAAUCCCAUUUGUGUGGAACUUCCUUGUUGGACAUAACAGGGUUGUUGAAGGCAACACGAGCACAUUCCCCAAGGCCAUACAUUAUACGCUAGGGGGGCCAUGGUUCGAGCAAUGGAAGGAUUGUGAGUUUGGGGAUCUGUGGAUGANNUGUGAGUUUGGGGAUCUGUGGAUGACAGAGUUGGAGGAGUACAAGAAGGAAGCUGAGAAGAAGGUGGAUUAG